AUGCCAACCAUGCCACGGAUACCAACCAGAACGAUCCGCGCACUCGUCGCGACCCCAUCCCACACGAGCACCCCCCUCGUCCGAGCCUACGCAACCACCGCGGCCCACUCCACUUGCUCCUCCUCUUCCACUUCCAUUCCCACUUUCUCAUCGCAUACCCAACCACCCCCCACCCACGCUCGAACGCGUCCGCUCCCCGCUCGAAAACAACUCUUGUACGCCUCCCACGCGAACCUGCUCACCUCGAACGAGCUCGUACUUUUCCUGCGUCAAACCGACUUUACCGCGCACGAAUACAACACCUUCAGGACCCAAUUGGCCGCUCUAACCGGAACCGGAACCGAACCAGACCUGACGUAUACGUUGACCGUGUUGAGACCGGGUUUGUUAUCGGCCCUGUUGAGGGAUCCGACUUUGGUACAAGCGAUCGAAGCGAUUUUUUUGGCCGAGGAUUCACAUACCAAAGGGGCGUUGAGCGUGCUCACCGCCAAGACGUUCGAUCCACCUACGUUCAAAAAAGUGCUCAAGUUGGUCAACACGUAUUCGGCAUUACCUUCCGCGAAUCAACCCCCUACGGAGGCGGCGGCAAAGGGCGGCGUGGCGGAACCCACCCCGGAGAGGUUGAGGAUUCUGUCCGCUUUGGCCGAGAGCAAGGCGAUCGAACAGGAACGUGUCAAGGGUCUAGGCGAGUUGCCGAAGUUGCACACCUUGCGCGCUCAGUUGGUCGGUUUGUUGUCGAGUCCGGCGGGGAGGAUCGUGGGUGUCUUGGGAGCGCGCGCCGACGAGGUCAAGAGGACCUUGCAAGGCUUUCAGUUGGCCUUGCAGGAAAAGCACGAACCGGGCAAAAAGGAGUAG